AUGAACCUCAAAUCCCUUCUCCUCACACUAACCGCCACGGCGACGCUCGUCGCCGCAGACGGCUUCUACUGUCCCUUCGCGCAGGACAACUCCGGCAUGAUCCAGAAGGCCUACUGCUGCGAUACCUUUUCUGAAUCGAGUGGGAGUUCGCCGGCGAAGAUUGGGAAUGGGUGCAAGGCCAUGGGCAAUGACUACGUCGAGAGCUGUCCGAAGGGGGGGAGUGUGAAGUGUUGUUAUUCGAUUGAUCCGAAGAUCAUUUGCACUGCUGAGGCGUCUGCGGGGGAUGGUUAG